ACACCCUUUCUCGUGUAGCGAAAUCGUAACAUUCAUCCCCACGGGGAUGUUAAGCUCUCGCAUCGACAAGGUCGAGGACACGUUGAUUACGGACUUCGAGGAUGUCGGAGCCAAACAGUACCAGCGUAUUUGUGUGGCUAGCGACGACUUGACCAACCAGCUGCAGCGGCUGUCUCGAGUGAUUGACAUGUAG